AUGUUUGGAGAGGUUCAGAGCCAGUUGGGAAAUACAAUGAAAUCUCACCAUAGUAUGAUGCUUGAUAAGCUUCUGAAAACUGUGAUUUCAGAUAAAAAUGACCAACUUAUACAAAACGAUCCUUCGUAUCAUCAUAAUAAUAAUUCAUCAUUUUUAUCUGAGAGUACCGGUGAUAGUUUGAAUAACAAUGAGGUAUGGAGUGAGAUUAACCAACAAAAACAUGUAAAAGAUAAUAAUGUUCAUAUAAUUGGAGAUGAAUCAAAUUUGGCCAUGGCUUCACGGUCACGACAUUGGUUACCAAUAGAACUGCAAAUGCCGGUGCCAAUUCCAAUGCACAUGCCUUCUAUCCAAGUGCCAAUUCCAAUGCACAUGCCUUCUAUCCAAGUUGAACAACAACAGGAUUAUCAUCAUCAGAAUCAACAGAUCAUAGGGUUAUGUCCAAAUUUCAAUGCUGCACAAUCAGUUUAUGAUGAGAAUAAACCGAUGGAGAUUGAUUACUCUGAAAACUCACUCGCUAUGUCAAUGCCAAUAUCAUCUACAUGUUCAAAUUCAAAGGGAGACGCUGCUGCUGCUGUUGCUGUUGGCGUUGGCAUUGGAAGGACUCACGAGAAUUUGGAAAAGUCGGUUGAGAGGAAACAGAAGAGAAUGGCGAAGAACCGCGAAUCUGCGGCAAAAUCUAGGGCAAAGAAACAGGAACACAUAAAUAAGUUAGCGAUGGACAAAUUUCAAUUGGCGAUAAUAAAUAAGGAACUCAAUAUGAGAAAGGUACACAAUGCAUAUUUGUUCCUGUUGUAUUGA